ACGAAGUGUUCAGAGUUCAUUCACGACCAGACGGAGCUCGGUGCGCGCGCGCUGCACGGAAAACCCCCCGAACAACAAACAUCAAACACGCGCUCGCACCUCAGUCCCCGCGACCCGACUCUGGAUUUACACCAAGGAGCAAAAACGUUCUUCAUUACCGACAGGAUUCGUGUUCGGUCCUUUUUUAUUUUUAUUUUGUUUUUUAUUCUUGUUGCUGUUGUUUUAAGUCGCGUUGACGGCUCAGUGCACGAUGCGGAGAAGUUAAAGGAGAAGCAGAUUCUUUAUUUUUGAUCACUUGGAACGUGAUGAUCGAGUCGAUCGCGUUUCGGGGAUCACGAGACUUGUGCGCCAGCGACCGUGUGUGCGGUCCGAUCCUCCAUGGGAAGCAGUGAUAGCGCGCGAGAGCGGAGAUGAGAGCCGCGCUCUGCUGCCUCCUCGCGUGCUGCUGCUGCUGCUGCUGCUUCUCCGUGCCGCACGCCGCCGCCGCCGCCGCCGCAACCGGGGAGGCGUUGAUUCCUCAAGAACUAAUCGAGAGACUGUCCAAAAGUGAGAUCCGCACCAUGAGUGACCUCCAGCGGCUUCUGGAGUUACACUCUGCAGAGAAUGAGGUGGUACAGGAGGCUAAAUGGCGCUACAGUAAAGAACAUCUCGACCACAACGCCAACCUCAAGAGUUUACACACACGCCCAAGACACAAGAGGAGCAUUGAGGAAGCAGUCCCGGCCGCAUGCAAGACUCGGACGGAGGUGUACGAGAUCCCACGUUCUCAGGUCGACCCUACAGCGGCAAACUUCCUCAUCUGGCCACCAUGCGUAGAGGUGAUGCGGUGCUCAGGCUGCUGCAACACCAGCACCAUGCGCUGCCAUGCUUCCAAAAAACAACACCGGAACGUCAAGGUGGCUAAGAUCGAGUAUGUGCGUCGCAAACCAAAGCUGCGGGAGGUGCAGGUGCAGCUGGAGGAUCAUCUGGAGUGUGUGUGCAUGUCCAAACACCACACAGAGUCCCGCUUACACACAGGCCACUCUAGUGUGAGAGCUAAAAAGAGGAAAAGGACACAGGCAAAAAAGUCAGAAAAAACUUACACGCUCGGUUCUUAACGUAACACUGCCACCGGACUGACUUGGCAGAUGUACGGUGAAUCUGACUGGAUCAUGUUGCGGAGUGUGUGGUGAUGCGGUGAUGAAGAAAGGCCAGCCAUCUUUUCCAAUCAAAAAUCUUUGCUUCCAUCUGACAUCAGCGAACAAGAAGGCAGCCCCAAGCAAACAAUCACCGCCAUCCACUCACCUGGCCUGGAUUAAGCUAAAAGGACCGUCGCCGAACUUUUCAGACUUUUAGACUGGACGUCUCUUGGACUUUAUUUUGAAGAAAAGGAAGAAAAAAGUUAGAAACAAAGGAAAUUUGCCUCAUGGAUGGGAAAUUAUAAAGACUGCAUUUUUUCCUGCGUGGUGCUUCAGCGUGGAGUCUGAACGCUCAUACCAAACGGUCCCAGCUUGGAUCUCGGAUCUAGCAUAUAAUGGACAGACACAAUUAUUCACUUCUAUAGCAAGAUUCCUUUCUUCCAGCAAACACUUUUUUUCAGUAUACACUCUUAUUUUUGUAGCCCCAUUUUCUAUCGAGACUCAUUUGCUGUAUGUACAGUAGUAGAAAAAACAGCCUUCAGUAAUAGCCUUUAAUAAACUAUUUAUAAGUGCA